CCUAAAUCCUUGGAAUUAAAGUAAAUUUUAAAUAAUUUGUGUGCAAAUUUAUGUGUUUUCUUGUCCAUCACAUGUUACAAUUGAAAUUAUUUUGACGUAAAUUACAUAUACUCAUAAUAAUGAUUAUUAGACAAGUGCAUAAUACACAGCCAAAAAAUGAGUACACCGAAGAGAAGACCAAAAUUUCACAUGUUAUCAAACCCCUGUUUUGCAUUCUUACAAUAAGUUGUCUACAUCCUUCUACUUCAUAAUCUAACAAAUAUGAAUUGGACCGGAGACACAAAUUAUGAUAAAAAUGAACGAUGACUUCAACAGUACACAAGCCGUUUCACUAAAAUGUAUGAAGUUUAAACAACUAAGCUUGUGCCACAUAUAACUAACAAUGUAUGGGAUUUUCUAGAAGAAAAUGCAAAUCCGGAAAGAAGCAACCAACGUCGAUUCGUCGUUGAUAUCCUUGAUUGUGGCUUUCAGUAGAUUACAAGAAAAGGAAGAAACAACGUUGAGUCAUACUUCACAUAUGUAGUUGAUAUUAUAAUAUCGAAAUAAAUUUGUUUAUUUAGUUAUACCGAUCAUACAUGAACAAAACAUCAUCUAAUAGUAGGAAAUACCAAUUAUCAAGAGGUUGAUGCAAGAUUUUUAAUAAGCUUGUUUCUCUAUUUUGAUUUGAAAUUGAUUUAAAUAAUUUUAAAUUAAAAUUUACAAAAGCAAAUUUCAUAACUACAUGUAUACAGUAUACCCAAAAAAAAUCUGCUGAAAAAUGUAACCGUUGUCUUCGUGAGUUGUUUGGGCUUUUAAUUCCUUAAAUGGUAUGGGCCCACAACCUACAACUGGCCCAGAGGCCAGAAGAUAAACCGGAAAUCCGUUAUUUGCCCAUGAAGUCCAUUCGAUUUCCCUCUGCAUUUUCCCGCUGAAGUCUGAAUUGCGCGCCUGCAACCAAAACCCUAAAUCGGAAUCGUACCUCCCCUCCGGCCGACGAAAUGUCCACAGUCGUCCUUUCCCCCCUUCUGUUUAUCAGAUUCAGCAUUUAGCGACUGCGGCCAUCCAUUUAUGGGGAGUUUGCAGCACAGUGGAGGUGAUCCAUUGUGCCUCUCAUGGCGGGAGACACAACGGCUAGAGCCUGCCACCACCUGUUUUUGUAAUGAUGAUCGAAAACAGGUGAACUUCUAUUUAUUGAUUCCGUUUUCUUGCUCAAUUAACUGUUUCUAAUCGUUUCUUGUUCUCGUUCUAGGGUUCCUAGAGUUCAGAAACGAAGUGUAAUUGCCACCAGUAGAGAGCUAUGAACAACGACAGCAGAAGCUGCGAGUUGGGGAAGAAUGGGAAAAAGGGGCCGUGAAGAAGAUGUUUCUACUACUAGUGACAGGUUAAUCCAUCUUCCGGAACCCAUUAUUUAUAAUGUCCUGUUGUGUUUCUCGACAUUGCGGUUCAAACCUUUGCAUUGUCCUGAGCAUGGAGAUUGGAUUUCAAACAUGUCCCUGGUCUUUAUCUGCUUCCUCGUAUUCGAGUUUCGGGAGGUACAUGGAGAACAUUUUGUCCCUCUGCGGUCCCUGUGAUGUCAGCGAGAUAAGCUACAUUGACAAUGAGGAUCCGGGGAAAUAGAUUUAUGGUCUGUUUGGCAAGGUCAUCCAGUAUGCCUUAUCUCAUUAUACUCAUCACAUCAUCACUUAGUGAUUGACCUGGAGUAUGUGGGAACAAGACCCGAAGAGACUUACAGUUUCUCAGAUUUGUUUGGCACAAUCUCGAAUUGGAAUCUCGGUACUCUAGAGCUAAGUGUCCACAUCGACAGUGUAUUUGGUUUCUAUGGUUUUGUAAAGCUGACUCCUUUUGUCUUAAAACGAUACCUACUGAUGGCCGAUGAGGAUGUGGACUUUUAUCCUUUUUGUAGUGAGUCACUGUCUCUACCCUGACUUCCGAUUUUUUGGGGCUGAUUCUUAUGAUAUCUGGACCCCUUUUCCUUAGCCUGAAACUGAAAGGUCUGGUGUGUUCCGAGAUGGAAAUAGUUGCUCCAAGGCUGAAUUGAUCUUCUGCAUCGCCCGGACUCCCUGGUGUUCACCAAGUCAAGCAUUCCUUCCCUCGAUCAUGCUGAUAUCCUGAUCAAUGAGUUUAUGGAGGAUGACCAGGAAUGCUUGGCAGAACAUUUAAUCUCCUUUGUUCCAAGGUUUGAAUAGUGCAAUAUCUCGCACUCUGAAUUUCUACGCCAUCAAUGUAAUCUUUGGAUAAUGUCUUUGUAUUCUGAGUGUUUCCUUUCUUCCAUGAUAUUACCUUACAGUUUAAGUUUGCAUCUGCUGUGUAGUAGUUACUGAGCAAUAUUUCAGACGUUUUUGAACAGCAACCCUCUCCAUUUACGAGAACACGAAGUCCCUUGAUUGCGUAUGUUGACAGAAUACCUUACAUACUGGUCCUUGAUUGCGUACGGGUUGUUCUUGCCUCAGGUAAUGACUUCUUGAGAGAAUCCUCUUGUACAUGACCAAGUUUUUAGUUCUUAGGAACCUUGUAGUUCACCUUUUUUUGUCAUAUUGUGAUAGUUGAGGGAGAGCAUGGUUCUGUCGAUAUUUGCAGCUUUAGUAAGUUGAAGGAGCUAGCAACGUUCGAUUAGCUUAAAGUUACUUAUUAUUGAUCAUUCACUAGGGAUGUCUCAGGGUGCAGCAGAAUCAUACAAGCGAAGUUUCGUUGCUACCAGGAGUACUUUGGCUUAGAUGCAUACCCAAUAUAACUGGUUCCUUCUGCUUCGAUUAUAUGUUCCCAAAGCACCUCCAUUUAAUCAAGGAGACGCUGAAAAGGUUUGGGCAUACGAUAACAGCGAAGGUUGGGAAAUUUGCCAAGGUACAGACUCGUUGAGUCAGAAGGCUGCCUGUGUGUCGGUGGGAUGGGGCUGUUCGUAGGGGGUCGCAGUCGGCGGGAGAGGUAGUUGUUUGUGAUGAGGCAGGAGGUGUCCUCUGGUUUAUUGGGAUGCAUUUCCCUUUUGUUGAUGAUCCCAUGGUGGUGGAAUUACUAACCCUCCGGGAGGCUAUCAACUGGUGUUUGGAUCAUGGUUUCUCGGGGAUGCAGUUUGAAGGAGAUGCCAAGGUGGUCAUUGAUAAAAUCUGCCAAGGAGAUGUGAGAGAUAGUCGGAUGGGGGCUGUUUUGGAAGAGGUGGUGAUGAUGCUUGCGGCUAAUUCAGGAUUUAGUGUGCGAUUUAUAGGUCGGGAUAGCAAUAGGGUAGCUCAUGUGGUAGCUAGAAAGGCCCUGUCUUUGUCCCCGUCUAUGUGUCGUUAUUUUGAUUUUCAGGCCUGGCUGACCUCCAGGAUGUAAUUACCUAUUUUGUCCUAUCAAUAUAUGAUUACCUUUUGUCAAAAAAAAAAAAAGUCAGAAGGCUGCCUGGGUUAACCAGAAAUGUGGGGCUGAGUCAAGAGGUUGCAGGUUCAACAGGGCAAGGGCCAAAAGGUUACGGUUUGAGGGCAAAUAAGAAAACAUCAAAGCAGAGGAACGAGUGACUCGUUGGUACUAAUAACUCGAGUUGUUGGAAGAAUGUUAUGUUGAAUCUUAUAGCACUCUCUAACACGCCCUUUCAAAAAAAGCCAAGUCAUGAGCUUUGAAAUUUGCACAGGCCCACCAUAUCAUGUGAUUUAAUCAACUGUUAAUAUUGGGGGUUGUGGAGAUUCGAACACAAGAUUACUUGGCCAAACCAGACUUUGAUAUCAUGUUCUAAACCAAUUGGUCAUAAUAACUCGAGUUGUUGGGAGAAGGUUAUGCUGGAUCUUAUAGCACUCUCUAAAAUGCUUAGCAACUGAUCAUGUGCGAUUGAGUCAACACAACAAAUAGUGAGUUAAAUUGAGCUGGGGUUAAAAGGUUGCUCAUUUCGGUAUGAACACAUAACCAAACUAAAAAUACGUUUGAUAUAUUUGGUCCUAUUUGGCCCUAUGAAUUAUUUUAAAUAGGAAGAAAAAAUUGGUUGAAAUUAAAUUUGGAGUCCGAGUUGAACCAGAUGAAUUAAAUAUGUUUUUUUGUCUGGUUCUAUCUCAAUACAAACCUGACCUUUAAGGAUGGCAACAAAACCCGAACCCACGGAUACCCACCCGACCCAACCCGAUCAACGCGGGUAAAAUCCGUGUUGACUGGUUUUGGGCCGGGUUCGGGUUUAAACCCGCUACACUAUUCAUCGGGUCGGGUUGGGUUUGGGUUUAGGUAAACCCGCCCCAUGGGUACCCGCCCACACACAUAUAAUUACUUUCCCAAUAUAUUUAAUAUUCUAAAUAAUAUAUCUUCCUUAAACAACUAAUAUUCUUUAUGUUUGUGGAGACAUGUAUAAUUUGUUCUUUCUAAUUGUUUAGAAUGAAGUUGAUAUUAUGAAGUGAAGAAUGAAGAAACUUAGUUGACGAGGAAGAAGCUUUCAAUUAAUCUUAUUGUUUAUAGAUGUUUAUCUUUAAUUUUGAACAAUUUGUAUUGAUCAUUUACGGUUGUAUGCUCCAGAUUGGUGUUUUUUGUAUGAUUAAUUUGUAUGAGAAAAUUGAUGUUAAACUUUUAUUUUGAAAGAAACUUGUUAUUGUAAAUUUUUUACUAGAAAAACCCACGGGUACCCAUGAACCCGCGGAUACCCAGCGGGUUAGGUUGGGUUUGAGUUUAGAAACCCAACGGGUUUUACCCCGGUUUUUUUUUGGCAAAUAAACCCAUGGAUUUGGGUUUGGAUUUGACAAAACCCGCUCCCAACCCGACCCAUUGCCAUCCCUACUGACCUUUGUCCACCCUAGGUUGUACCUAUUAUUCGAACCCAAGACCGAAACCAAACAAUAUGAGUAUGACCAAAGAGUUCGGUUAACUCAAAUCUUACACUCGACUCAAAACAAACGUUACUAGUACCG